AUGCCACAGCUGCCAACAGCCCCCGAUACGAUGCGCCGCCUCUCCUAUGACCUGGCAGAGCCGUCGCGCAACAUCGAAGAAUCCAACGGACCGCUCUCUGAUCAAGAAAUGGAGAACGGUCUUGAUUUGUCUAUGCCUCCACCUGAGGUUGACGACGAGGAUGACGUCCUUGAGGACGACCCGAGAAUAUAUACACCACCUCCCCACAUCGCUGCUCGAUUCUAUCGCCCAUCGCAGGCUCGCCGCAGAGAUUCGGCUGCAUCUUCGCGCCGCAACUCAGUUUCAUCCGCACACUCACGAUGCUCUUCUAUCCAACCAUCUGGUCACCGUGGAGGUGAACAGAGCAAGCAUGUUGCUCAACACCUUCGUCGCGCCUCUAUUAUUGAGGAUCGCAAGGCUCGGCUUGCUGAUAGAGCAGCACAUGCCGAAAAGGUUCGUCUUCGAGCAGCCCUCGCAAAAGCGACUCAUCGCGAUCCUUCGCUUUCCGAAGAGCGGGCUAUUGCGGCACAGCAAGCCAGGGAACGCAACUUGGCAGAAAUUGUCGCCAACUGCGCAGACGAAGUCAAGAAGGCAAAACAAGUUGCCGAAUUCAUGAGAGAGAAGCGAGAACAAGACAUGGCUAGGAUCAAGGCUCAGAUUGACGAGAGAAUGGCCGAAGCGGAAAGGCGGAGGGAGGAGUUACGAACAAAGAACACGUCCAAGCGAAGCCGUGGGCAUAGUGUCAUGUCCAGGAAGACCACCGACUCAUUGCCUGACCUUGAGCAAGAGAGACGCAAGCCAACCACCGAAGAAGCAGCAGCCAGCAUUCAAUGGUGGUGGCGCGGCUACCUCCGCAAGAGAGCUAUUGCCGAAUUCAACGACCUUGGUCUAACCGUUGAUGGGAUCAGGGAUACAGAUUUUGAUACUGUCGUGGAAGUCCUGGCCCAAGAAAGAGUUCUUGUUAUCACAGCACGGCUACUUCGGCUGUGUGGUCUUGAAGAGGGUGAGACGGGCUCGGUUGGCGAGAUGGCCGCUGUUCGCACGUUUCUGAGUGCUUUCCUAAUUCUUGGUCAUCCCAACCAGGUCCUCAGCAACAAGAACGAUAGUGGCGAUGAGGAGGUCGUCGAUGCACUUGCUUCCCAUCGUCUGCCUUCGACAGAUCUGGCUAAUCCCCAAUUACAAGACUUGGUCGGCAAAGCACGAGAUGUGCUUAUCUCUUUCGAGAAUAUUCUCUCUCGUCUGACAUCUGCCAACAAGUACACAAUGCCACCGGCGCUCAAGAAGACUCUGCCAGAGGCGUACGCCACUUUUUACAACGCAUUCAUCGCUUGGAAGUCUCGAGACUCCAAUGCCUUGAUUGAGGUCAUGCUCAUGCAGUUCGUUGAGCUUGACGCAAUCUAUCAGACGGUUAAGGAUACGACCGACGAUGCUGCUACAGCCCUCUACAAGAAGAGCAUCCAAGAUAAUCAGCUGAUGCUCAUUGUGCGUAUCAAAAAGCUGGCUGGCCCAGAAAAGGGUAAAAAGAUGAUAUUUGACGCGGUAUCCGAGGCUAGAAAGUCUCGUACUGCCAAGAAGAAGACGGGCGAUACAAAACCCCGUGUAGCUGAGAAUGCACCUCGAGAAGCAUCCGAGACAGCCGACAGCCUGGUCUCGUCUGAACCACAAACACUCACGCCACCUGCGACACCUGCCAGCAAAGCCAAGGAGAAAGCCCCUGCCCCUAAGACUGGACUUAAUGGAUUACUGCCCAACAAUAGAAUCGUGGUUCACGAGUUGGCUAUCAAUAAGGAGUAUCAGCUCUCCUCGGAUGAGUAUAAGGAACAACAGUCAAAUCAGCAACAGCCCAUGUAUACACAGAUGCGUGCCACAAUGGAGGGCGACGACAGUGCCAUCAACUUUCAGUUCUUCGCUCUUGUGGCUAGUAAUAUCAAAAACAAACUUCAGCGCCUACUCAAGCCUGGCAACUCGUUGUACAACCUCAUUGGCGAAAUUCUGGACCCUGAGAUGGCGGAGAGGCAGUUUGCGUUGGGUAAUUUCUCGUAUGAGAAGUUCUUCACUGCCAUGGCAUCUCUUUUGCCGAAAUUGUGUGCCCCUUUCCGGGACGAAGAGGUCAAAGAUUUGAUCCAGAACAAGCUUGCAGACGGCAAUAUCAUCGACCGAGUUGAGGCUCUAAACGGCUUCAUUGACCUAAUGCUUUGCGACUACAUCAACUACCUCAUGCGGAUUGCCGCGCCUCAGCUCAUUGAGUCUGCAGCUCCGUACGAGGCCAAGAAAUUUGCCGAGGAUGUGGAAAAGAACCAGCUUGGUCUUUCAGCUGCCGAGGCGACAUGGAAGGCUUCGCGAUCAAAGGUUCUGGCAGAAGUUCACAAAAAGGACCCUGAGAGAAUCAACCAUCCUCGGUCACGGCCGACAGCUGGACGAUUCUACGCACAGAUGCUUGUCGAUAUUUUCACCAAGAUUUCGCCAACUCCCAUUGAAGAAGUGCCAGAGAUGCUUCGACUGGAUUACGGCCGCAUUGGUCAGAUCUCCACCACUAUCCAGCGUGUCAUCACAGCGGGUGCAAUUCUGCUACAGUGCAAAAACCUGCUAAAGCGUGACGUCCGGUCUUCCUGGAAAAUGGAGGCGUCUCGCAUCAUGGCUGUAUUAGAGGCUGGUCACCCUCUUCAAACUACUUUGGACGGCACUAUGGCCGCUCUCGAGUCUGGUAGGUCGAUGCCGACAGCGACCAAAGGUCACCUGCGUGCCCUUGUCACAAAGGUUCUGACUGCCAGCCAAGAUAUGGCACAAAAUGGAAACGAACCAAGAGAACCCGUUCUCCGACUCUUGCUCACUCGCCUUCGUGGUAACAUCCUUGCCCGUUUGGCUGCUGGAUCGGCAAGCGACAAGGUCAAGGCUGCUAAUAAUGCAGGCGAGAAGCUGGCCAGUCUUGGUCUUUCUGAAUUUGUCGAUCGAGUGAGAGAAAUUUCGAAUUUGUUAGAGAAGAUUGGAACUGUCGACAGGGCAGCCCAUGGACCUUGGUGGGACGCAGUAGCAACGAAGGUUGAGCAAGACGAAAUGUCAGCUUAG